AUGACCCUGAAGUACCUCCUAACCCCAGUUCAUCCCUUUACUCCUGAGUCACAAAGGAUUGGGCAAAGACUAGAAACUUUGCAUAUCAACACUAACACCCAAUCCGCAGAACUCUCUCUACAGGAUCGUACAAAUCUGUGCCAGAUAUUAGGGAACUUUGACACUAAUGCUUCACCCGUAAGCCUUAACAGAUUGGAAGCUGUAGUACAGUAUAAUUUGGGCAAUAGGGAUGCUUGUGCGCUCCUUAGCUGCAACGGGAGCCAUGCACUAUGUGAAAAACUGCAGCCACCUGUCACUAUCGACAAAGGACCAUCUCCUGAGAUUAACUCAAAUUGGGGAAACUCAGCAGAUAGAAUGAAGGAAUUGCAACGCAUAAUGGGUGGAAGAGAUACUAGAGGUACAAAUGCCCUAGAAAAUGCCAAAUUUAGGAGGGGUGAUGACCCAGUCCUAUUUUGUAGUGAGUAUUUGUGCCUGUAUAGGGUUACAUACAGUUGUCCUGAUAUGCCUCCUGACAGCAGUUUUUUGUACUCUAUGGCUAAUAAACGCACGUUUGUGGAUUACCAUACGGAAAUUUCACUAAGGAAUGCCAGUACAUAUCAAACAUUUAUAAAUAUAUUAAGAGAUUGGAUUCAGGAGACCAAAUCAAGACAAUAG